AUGCGGCUGGCCCGCUUAGAAGUUCCAGGGGCUGUGGUCAUUGGGGAAAAUGUGUGGCUCAAGUGCGACUUCGAUCUCGAAGGAGACGAACUUUAUUCGGUCAAGUGGUACAAGAACAACGUCGAAUUUUACCGAUACCAGCCCAGGGAUCGGCUGCAUGGACAGAUGUAUGAUCUCUUGGGUGUAUACGUCGAGCUUUCAAGAUCAAAUGCCAGUCAUGUAUAUUUGAAACGAAGUGACUUAAACACAGAGGGUACUUACGGAUGCGAGGUAUCCUCUGAAGCUCCUCACUUCAAGACAGUCAAAGCAGAAGACGAACUGAGGGUCUAUGUGCUUCCAAAGGAGCCUCCAGUAAUCGAGGGAGCAGAUUCUAUGUAUGAAGUUGGAGACAAAGUAAAUGUUACGUGCAGUUCAGGACCGUCAAAGCCAGCUGCGACGCUCAGCUGGUAUAUUAACGGGAUACAGGCAAAAGCAUCAUUUGUUCGGAAAUAUUCUUCUAUCCGACACUAUAGUGGCCUACAAACGUCGCAAGUCGGCUUGGAAUUCAUCGUCAGCGCUAAAGAUUUCGAUCAAGGAAAAUUGAAAUUGCAGUGCGUUGCGACUAUCUCACAAGUCUACUCCAGCGGCAGUGAAGAACUUAUCAUAGGCGAUAGGGGUCAAGCUUCUGGAUCACAUCACGUUCCUAACAUUGUUCCAGGUCAGGAUGGACCUAAAAUUGAAGGUACAAGCCCAAGGUAUGAAAUUGGUGACUUGGUAGACGUAAAUUGCACUUCUGCUCCAGCCCGUAGCACUGCUCUUCUUAAAUGGUUUAUUAACGAUAAAGAAGUUCCAGCAAACGAAACAACACCUCACGCUCCUAUUUAUUAUACAGAAGACCUGAAAGCAUCCGUUUUAGGUUUACGGUUCUAUGUGAAGCAAAAUAUGUUCAAGAGUGACGAGUUAAGGCUGAAGUGCACAGCAACUUUAUCCCGAGUUGUUAGCUUAAGCAGUGACGUAACAGUAGUAGGAGGGAAUCAACAAAACUCAGGUUUUCACGUCUCAGAAAACACAGUCUCUGUGACGAAUCCAACGCCUCGUUGCUGCGUGGAAAGAACUAUAUGGAUCUCAAUUCUCUUAACAGCAUUCGCAACAUGGUACCCCAACGACAUUUGCUCAGGACUUCUGAUGUCUUCUGCCUACUGACAAUCAAUUACCGUAGCAGGGAUGGCCCUGUGGAGAGCUUUUAUUACGAGGUAGCUCAGCGCGCACAAAUAAUCACAAGGACAAUAUCAUGAAUUGAACUUGGUGUAGUAACCUUUACAGAACUUGGAAGAAUUACUAACUGUGUAUGGACUAAUCCACUAAGUGCUCUACAUCAUCAAGCGAAAAUUUUCACCAAUUAGAACUUCUGGCUGAAUUAAGCAAUAUAAUGUUAUGCUGCUGCUGCAGAUUCUGAUACAUUUUACGGAAAGUUUGUGGAUGAAUAUAAAACUGUACUUGCAUGUACAGUACACGUAAAGUUGUACUGUGUGCAUGUGUGGCAGCAAUCGCUGAAUCUUUACCUCAUUUAUAUACCUAAUGGUAAACUGCGAUUAUUUUACGGAUAGACCCUUCGGUAUUAACCAUAUUCAAGGACCUACGCACGAGUAUCGUUUACAGGAAAGGAAAAAUCAACUCAACUUUGGUUUGUGUGUUUAAACAUAUCAUAAAAACUAACUCAUCAGAACUGAACAAAUAGAGAGGAUAUAAAAUAAAAGCAGAAGGAAUUUUGAAACUGAUAAUCAGUUAUGUAUCACCUUAACAGAAUGAUAAAUACGUUAAGAAAAUGUAUUAAAUGAAUGCAACAAAACAUGAAGCCAAUUUUAGUGCAAAGACUGAAGCUUAAUUAGUGCUCAGAGAGAUUUUGUAUACAAGAUUGCUAUGGGAAAUUUAAAUCAGGUGUGUACAUAUAUAACUAUUUGUACCUCGAACCUGUUUUCAGAUCUUAGAUGUCUAACAUAAAAAUGAUUUAGAUUUCUAUUGCUCUCAUAUACUGACGUGU